AUGGCGUCUUCUCCUCGCCGGGAUGCUGCAGAGCAGCCAAAGAGAGACGUGAAGAACCACGUCUUGUUCGAGAUUGCGACGGAGGUUGCUAAUCGAGGUUGGUCCCCUCGUUUUCGUACCCCUUUCACUCUUUGCGACACGCCGUUAACGUCAGAAUACAGUUGGAGGGAUCUACUCGGUUCUCAAGUCCAAAGCUGCCGUAACAACCGCAGAGCGGUGGUCGAGGUGGAAACCCUCACACCGACGAAUCCUCACUUGAUUGGGGCGAUUGAAGCCAUGACCGAGCGUGGUAUAGAAAUCGUGUAUGGUCGAUGGCUGAUAGAAGGUGCUCCGCGCGUUCUCUUGAUUGACACUGGUGCGGGAUAUAAAUACCUCGACGAGUGGAAGGGUGAUCUUUGGAACGCAGCAGGCAUUCCGUCUCCAUCGGCUGAUUCGGAAACCAACGAGGCGAUUGCGUUUGGAUAUCUCAUUGCGUGGUUUUUAGGAGAGUAUAUAUGUAGAGACACGGAGAGAGCUGUGAUAGCUCAUUUCCACGAAUGGCUAGCAGGAGUUGCGCUUCCUUUGACCAAGAAGAGACGGAUGGACGUGACGACUAUUUUCACCACACAUGCCACUCUUCUUGGAAGAUACCUUUGCGCGGGCUCUGUCGACUUCUACAACAACCUGAAAAACUUCGACGUGGAUGCAGAGGCCGGUAAACGAGGUAUCUACCAUCGCUACUGCAUCGAGCGUGCUGCAGCACACUCCGCCGAUGUCUUUACCACCGUCUCCCACAUCACUGCAUACGAGAGUGAGCAUCUACUCAAACGAAAGCCGGAUGGCGUCUUGCCCAACGGGCUGAACGUCAAGAAAUUCUCGGCUGUCCAUGAAUUCCAAAACUUACAUUCUCACUCAAAGGACAAGAUAAAUGACUUUGUUCGUGGCCACUUCUAUGGGCAUAAUGAUUUUGACCUGGAAAAUACCCUAUAUUUCUUUACAUCUGGCCGAUACGAGUACCGAAACAAAGGUGUUGACAUGUUUAUUGAAUCACUGGCAAGACUCAAUCACCGUUUAAAGGAAUCUGGCUCCAAGACUACCGUUGUGGCCUUUAUAAUAAUGCCUUCCCAAACCUCAUCCCUCACUGUUGAGGCACUUAAAGGCCAAGCUGUCGUCAAGUCAUUACGAGAUACUCUGGAAAGCGUAGAAAAGAGUAUUGGUAAACGAUUAUUUGAACGCUGUCUCGGCUGGAAAGAGGGUGAUAAUAUGCCUGAUGAAAAGGACCUAAUGACGAAUCAGGAUCGGGUACUGAUACGCCGGCGCUUGUUUGCUAUGAAACGACAUAAUUUACCCCCAAUUGUCACCCAUAACAUGAUGAAUGACUCUGAGGACCCUAUUCUCAAUCAGCUUCGCCGAGUGCAACUUUUCAACUACCCGACUGACCGUGUCAAAGUGGUCUUCCACCCCGAAUUCCUCAACUCUGCCAACCCUGUACUCCCCCUGGACUAUGAUGACUUCGUUCGAGGUACUAACCUUGGUGUUUUCCCAUCAUAUUACGAGCCGUGGGGAUACACACCCGCGGAAUGUACAGUUAUGGGAAUUCCAAGUAUAACAACUAACCUCGCUGGUUUCGGAUGUUACAUGGAAGAGCUGAUUGAGAACUCAGCCGAUUAUGGAAUAUAUGUGGUUGACCGAAGGUUAAAAGGUGUUGACGACUCAAAGAGCCGAAGACAACGUAUCAACCAAAGAAACAGAACUGAGCGAUUAAGCGACCUGCUAGAUUGGAAACGGAUGGGCCUAGAGUAUGUGAAAGCUCGCCAGCUUGCUCUGAGACGCGCGUAUCCAUCUUCCUUUGAUGCGGCUGAUGACUUCCACGAGGCUAUUGGCCAUACUGAGCAAAAGAUAUCCCGUCCGCUAUCUGUUCCAGGUUCUCCUCGUGAUCGAACUGGCACUAUGACUCCAGGAGACUUCGCUUCCAUCCAAGAAGGCCGUGAAGGGCUGGACACGGAGGACUAUAUUUCCUACAAAGUCCCGACUGGCAGUGAUGACGAGGAAGAGGAUUCUCUUCCCGUCCCUAUUCGACCAAAAAGACAAUCCAUAUCUCUCAAGCUUGAUCCAGCUCUAAACGGACAAGAAGCCAAACCAACGACAGCCUGA